CGAGGCUGUGUGUAAGUCGUUGAAAUAAAUGAAAACAAAUCGAAGUUUUGAAACUACAAGUUGGAUAAGAUGAGAUAAAUUGUCUAUAUGAUGUUGACCGCAGUUCUCACUCAAUAGAUUUUGAGAGAAGAUGGCUUAAUCAGCAAUAAAUAGAUUCAACUUAACAUCAUCCAAAAUGACUUCUACUCAACUUGCUCGCAACAGGUUGGGAAAGUCAAGUCAGGAUUUUGCACAGGAAAUCAAGAAACUUGAAAUGGAAGGAAGUAGACUGAUGUCUGAACGGCAGAGAACAUCAGUUGGCAGAAACUCACCAGGAAUAGAGAGUAGUGGACAUGAUACACUCAGAGAGCAUGAGGAGGCCCCAUGGAGUCCAUAUAAAUCCUCUUCAAUGUCUGUGUUGGGUGAAAUAACUUCAGACAACAGAAUAAUUACGGACCUCAGAAAUCAAUUAGAAUCUCAAUCUGUUGAAUCAAAACGUCUUCAGGAGCAACUACUACGCGAAACAGUCCCCUUGCCAAGUUUCACCACUGAUGCUUUAUUUAGGUCAUCACAGAAAAAUGUGUCUUUUUCUGAUAACAGACAUACAGACAUCUUGCCCCAUACUGAAAAGGCCCUUCGUGAAUCUCAAAAAGAAGUUGCUGAAUUGACUGUCAAAAAUACAGAGCUUGCAAGACUAAGUGAAGAACAAAAGCAAAACUUUAGGAAAGCUAUUGAGGAUUUAAAGAGUAAACUGCAUGAUGCAGUAGUUGGCAGAGAUUCAGUAAUAAAACUCAGGGAAAAGGAAUCUGCCAACCAGGACAUUCUUAUACAGAAACUACAAACUACGCUACAUCAACUUCAAGAGGCUAAUGCAAUACAGGAAGAGACUUUACUCGACAUGAACACUAGGAUGGAUGUUACGCAAAAAGAACACUACAAAUUAGAAACAAUGUUUGACCAAAUAAGAACAUUUCUACGCAGUAUAGAGUCAAAGAGAGGACGUCCAUAUUUUGAAAAUGAACCCAUUGAUGGUCAAGGCUCCUCAAUGGUAUUACAUAUACUUGAGAGGUGUAUACAUGAGUUUGAGGGAGACCUGGAUACAAACAGAGCGAAAAUAAAUCAGAUGGAGAAGGACUAUGAAGAUAUGUCUGAUAGGUCUAGACUGAAACACGAGGAGCUCAUCACUGAGUAUGGUUCAAAUAUUGCCAGGAUGGAAGCUGAGCACAAUAUUGAGAUUACUAAAGUCAGGGAGAAACUUAUCUAUGCAAGGAAACAGGUCUCUGACUACGAAGCAGAAAUUGUUUUGAUAAAAGACAAGCAUUCACAACAAGUGAACAUGAAGGAUGAAAACAUAAAGGAACUUGAAGCAAGAAUUCAACAUGUGAGAGAAGAACUAGCCCAACAAGAACAACAAUGGAAGUUAAAGCGUGAGGCUUUGGAAUCUGGUCUAAGUUCUACAGAAAGUGAUAUUAUCAAAGUGAGACUAGAUCGUGAUGAGGCUAUCCAGAAAAUGGCUGCCAUUGAAAGUCGCAAUCAAGACUAUGAACAAACCAUCCGUACCCUCCAAGAUGAAAUAGAGGUUAGCACUGAGCAGCUUAAAGAAUGUUAUGCGAGGGAGGAUGAUUUCAAAAUGAGGCUUGAGAAGUUGACCAAAAGUUUGGAAGAAAGAGAUGUUGAGAUUCGAGGUUUACAGCAUGUAGUGCGUUGUACCAAAGAAGACGCAAAACUUCAAAUGGAAAAUAAGGUGGCACUAGUAGAACAACAUGAAAAAGACCGUGCAACUGAGCAACUUAAUAUUCUAACUACCCAACUAUCAUCACAAACUGAAAAGGUCCAAGCUCUUACUGUAGAGAAAGAAGUGGCUCAAACUGAACUCAAAUCAUACAAGGAGAAAUACUAUGAUGUGUCUGAUAAAUGUGAUGAUCUGAAACUCUCUUUGGAAGCAGUGAGAGAAGAAAAAGGUGCAGUUGAUCAAAUGUUGAAUGAGAAAACAGAAGACUAUAAGUCUGUCCUCAAAGAACGUGAUUAUUACUUUAAUCUUUUAGAGGAACGUAAUACAGAAAUCGACCAAUUAAAAACAGAUAUUGAUAGACUGGACAUAAAACUUGACGAACGUGAGAGGAACUUAGAGGUAAUAAAAAGACAAAAUGAAAACAUGUCACAAAUGGUAAGCAUUAACACUAGAGCUGCAGGUGACACUAAAACUGAACGUGAUAAACUCCAACAGUUUUUAGAUGAUAAAAUUGCUGAACUAGAGGAGUUAAAACAUUCCAGGGAUGCAUGUGCAAGGAAAUUAAAAAUCCGGGAGCGUAAAAUCCGGGAGUUGGAAUCUCAGAAAGGUGACGCUGAAAAGCAGUUGCAGGAAAAAAUGGAAGAUUUUGAUCUGAUUAAAGAAGAAAAAGAUGCAAUAUUUCGAGAACUGAGAGACAGUCGAGUUCAGGUUGAUGGUCUACUACAAGAGAGGGAGAAUCUCACCAGCCUGUUGGAUACAAAAGAAGAAGAAAUGAUCAAACAGCUCAGCAAAGUCAAUAGUAAACUCAAAGCUACUGAACAUGACUUGAAACUUGCAAGAAGAACAUUAAAGGCCAAGGAGUCUUCAGAUGGAAAUGCUGUGAGGGUGGCAGACAAGAUGCAACAAGAAGUGACAACUAAAAGGGGAGAACUGGACAGUCUACAGAGUCAGCAUCAUUGGCUUCAGGAAAAACUGGAAGCUGCUGCCAAAGAUAAGAAGGCCUACAAAGAUGAGUUGGAGAAAUGUAGGAAUGACACAAAGAAGGUGAAUGCUUAUAAUCACCAACUAUCAACAGAGCUGGAGGCAUAUAUUAAGAAGAAUCAACAACUCAGAGAAAAAAUUUCACAACUGGAAGCCUCCCUUGAAAAGAUAAAGAAGUCAGAAGUGGCUGGUUCUAAAUACUCAUCUGCACAAGCCAAGCUGGAGGAAGUUGAACAAGAAAUGACAAGACUUAAACUUCAUCAUCAAUUGGAGAUAAAGGAACUUCAGAGAACAGGCCAGGUUGCAGUAAAGGGGGAGCCACAUGUCUCUCAACUUCCCCAUCAAGAUAACCCAAAUCAGCUGUCAAUUGCAAGCACAGAUUAUGCAAUGCAUUAUGGGAUGCAGAAAGAGAAACCUGUUUCCCAGAAGCAAUCUAAGGAGCAUUCAUCAAAUGUAGAAGCUGGGGUUGGAGAAGAACUUAAAGGAAUACUAGAUGAGAUGAGAUCACUGCUCAAUACACAGAAAACACAAAAAGCUGCUGAACUACACAAGAAUCUCAAAAUAGAAAGGGUUACCUCUGAUGGGACAUCAGGAACAGAAGUAGACUCAAACUAUCAUGCAAGUAGGAGAAGCAAGCAUUAUUUAAAACAAGGACCAAGUUAUUCAAUGUCACCCCCUGUAAAACUGCUACCCAGAGAGGAUCAUGGGAAAAUACCUACCUGGGAGAACCAUGGAAAAUCUAGGAGUCAUCAACAUGGGUCUUCAGGUCACACACCCCUUCACAAGAAACCUGAUACCAAGGAAUUGUGCAGAAGGCUAGAGCAAAAAAUUGAAAAUCUAUCAAAGAUGGGUGGCAGUCUACAGCAGGAAAAUAUAGAGAUGGCAGCACUGAUUAAGGACCAAGGAAAGAAAAUUAAACGUGCAAGGGACUCAGAAAAAUUAGUGCACAACAAAACUUGA